CCCCCACCCUCACCCUCCCCCCACGCGGGCCCACAGCUCGGGGGCGCAGGGGGAGAGGGGUGCGCAGCGGGGACAUGUCGUCCCUCUGGCCCGGCUGGGUGUGCCUGCCUCCACAGCCCAUCGAGGGUGGGGGUGGGGGCGAACGGCUGUGGGCACGAGCUGGCUCCCACGUGGCUGCAGUCGUCGCAGCAGGGCUCCUGGGGUGGCUGCAAACGUGGGGGCGGCCCAGCCCCUGGGCUUGUCACGGGAGGAGGAGGCAUGGAGGCUGGGGCUGGGGUCUUUGCCCAUAGACCCCCCAACCAUCCACCGCCGCCACCACCCCCCAGGGCCUAAUCGCGCGGGCCCUGGACAUGGCCUGAGCCGAGCUGGGUUCCCCAGGGGCGACGUUUCUUACCAGGGUAGAGGAGCGAAGCUUGCAUCCCUCCUCCUCCUCACGGCCGGGGCACGUGUCAAACCGGGCAUGGGCCCGCGGUGAGUCUCUGCUCCGUGUUCCUAGCCACCAUUCUCCAGGGAGGGGUGGAAGCAGAGUGGGCAAGAGCAGAGGAAAGGACAUUGCUGACCCAGGGAAGCUGAAGCCCAGGCCAAAUGGGAUGGACCCAGCCCAUUGUCUGGAUCACAAGUGCCCCUUUCUUGUCUGAGCACAAUGCCCCAACUGUACUGAGUGGCAUGCAGGUUGGCCGGCAGGGAGGCCCGCGCCACAUGGAGGUGCCUGGUCCUCCAGGGGAGCUCCUCUGGGAGGAGAGUGGCCUCUGACUCAGAGGAAAUGACCUCUGGCUCCCCUCCCAACCUCCCCUCAGCGGGCAUCAUGCUGGAGAGAGAAAUGGCCCUCCUGCCAGCUCUCCCAGGCCUGACUCAGCAGAUGCCAGCCCCGACCACGGGCUUCAGAUCCAGGAUCCCAGUGACCACAACAGCCCUUGCGUUUCCCAUCCGGGGAGGCCUCCUAGAGGUGACUGACAUCUGGGGCAUUUGAGGCCUUGGUAUAAGAUGCCCUUAGAUGGGUGGUGCCCUGGAGGUCAGGCCUGAGUCUCCUGCAGGCAGGGGCGCCUGGGGAAUGACUCACAGGUAGCUUUCAUUCCCUUCCUGCUCUGUGAGAGCUGUGUUGAGUGCUCUGCAUCCAUUAUUUCCUAAUUUUUUUACAACAGUUGCUCAAGGUCCCGCGCGGCCCCGGGUGAGGCACGCCCGCGCGCCCGCCGGCGCCAUGGGAAGGAGCGGGCGCCGCUGCUGUCCCCCGCCGGCGCGCGCACGACUUGAGACCUGCCACGGGCAGCCCCCGGCCGCGGGUCCCCGAGUGACGCUGGCGGCACCUGAGAGUGUGGCGCGGGCCCGGGGCCACGCAGAGGAGCCCAGUGUCCAGUGAAGCGGCUGAGGACCCGCCGCCCGUGCCGCCGCCAUGGUGAUGUCCCAGGGCACCUACACGUUCCUCACGUGCUUCGCCGGCUUUUGGCUCAUCUGGGGUCUCAUCGUCCUGCUCUGCUGCUUCUGCAGCUUCCUGCGCCGCCGCCUCAAACGGCGCCAGGAGGAGCGACUGCGCGAGCAGAACCUGCGCGCCCUAGAGCUGGAGCCCCUCGAACUCGAGGGCAGUCUGGCCGGGAGCCCCCCGGGCCUGGCGCCGCCGCAGCCACCGCCGCACCGCAGUCGCCUGGAGGCGCCGGCGCACGCGCACUCGCAUCCGCACGUGCACGUGCACCCGCUGCUGCACCACGGGCCCGCGCAGCCGCACGCGCACCCGCAUCCGCAUCCACACCCACACCCGCACCACCACGCGCUCCCGCACCCGCCGCCUCCGCACCUGUCGGUGCCGCCACGGCCCUGGAGCUACCCGCGCCAAGCGGAAUCGGACAUGUCCAAGCCACCGUGUUACGAAGAGGCGGUGCUGAUGGCCGAGCCGCCGCCGCCCUACAGCGAGGUGCUCACGGACACGCGCGGCCUCUACCGCAAGAUCGUCACGCCUUUCCUGAGCCGCCGCGACAGCGCGGAAAAACAGGAGCAGCCGCCUCCCAGCUACAAGCCGCUCUUCCUGGACCGGGGCUACAACUCCGCGCUGCACCUGCCCAGCGCCCCUCGGCCCGCGCCGCCCUGCCCAGCCCUCUGCCUGCAGGCCGACCGUGGCCGCCGGGUCUUCCCCAGCUGGACCGACUCAGAGCUCAGCAGCCGCGAGCCACUGGAGCACGGAGCUUGGCGUCUGCCGGUCUCCAUCCCCUUGUUCGGGAGGACUACAGCCGUAUAGAGGGGCGCCCGGCGCCCCGGGCCCCACCGGCGGACUCCUGGCCUGACUGCGGGGCUUUUUAAAUGCUUCCCUGGACUGCGGGGAGGGGCGGGGGGAGGGAGGGAUUUCUUAUCCCGUUUGUUACAUUUUGAGGAUAAUAAAGGUGUGUGAUCUGGUUUGGUACA